AUGCUGGCCAAAUCAUUGUUAUUGGUGCUCAUCAGCCUGGCAGCAUCUACGGCCCAAUUUGGCCAGGUGCCGCGCAAGCACUGGAGACGUGCGGCUGUCCACGGCGCCUUCGAUGUGGAUGCCUAUGCGUACAAUAAGCCCAUGGUGAAUCUGGUGGGGCAUUUGCCACGACCCGGCCAGGCGCUGCCCAUGGGCCAGCUGCUGGAGCAGCUUGCGCAGAGCAGUCGACUGCGGGCCCUGCCGCAGGGGCAGUACAGGAAUCUCGACGGGGAGUCGUCGACCCGAAAUGGAGAGCCGAGACAAUCGGCUGCUGAUUUCGAAGGCAGCCUGGAACCGUCGGCAUUGGCUGCCCUAAACAGUCAAUUGGCCAAGCUGCAAAUGAACUUAAGUUUGGAUCAAGCGAAAAUAUAUUCGCACGAGUUUCACGUGGAGAGCAAGGGCAACAGGAAAAUUGUGCUAAUUAACACGCUGGAUGAGGCCAAGACAGAGUCUGAGCAGCCGCUGAAGGAGGAGCCGGAGCAGGAGCAGCAGCUGCAGCUGGGUCCAUUGAAUGUACAAUUGGCAUUACCUGUGCUCGGGGAGGGUGAGGGUGAGGGUGAGGGUGUAACACAGAAGGUCGAUUCUAGCAAAAUUGUGAUGAACACUGAAGCAAUUAGCUCUAUGAAGGCGAAGCAAUCCGAAAUGGAGGAGUCUAAGAAGACCAAAGUGCCAAAUGACAGCAAAGAGCGAGCAAAUGAUGCGACAACAAUCGAAAUGGAAUCAACAGCAACAACAACAACAGCUGUCGAGCCAGGACAGCAGCAGCAUUUGGAGACAGUUGUCAAUGCAAAGCAAGAGCAGGUUGAGCGACAGAAACAGGAGCUGGUAGAGCUACAGCAGAAGGUAAAGCAAACCCAGGCAAAGGAGGAGAUGAAGGCGCAUCAGCCGGGCGAGAUGCAGCAGCAGAAGGAAAAGCAACUGCAUCAGGCGCAUCAGUUGCAGAUGAAGUCAAAGAAGGGUCAGAGCGUUGAUGACGUUGCCAUUGCCAAGAAACGUGACAGGCACAAUGACAAUGAUGCCCAAGCAAAUGACAUGAAUAUGCCGCCAAAGCCAGAGCCAGAGCCAGAGACCAAGCCAACUGCAGCUGGAGCUGAAGCUGAAGCCGGGGCAGCAGAUAAGCCACUGCGCCUGGCCAGCAAACCGAAGUCCAAGCGCAGGCAAACACAAACAAAAACCAAGAUACCAAAUGAAAUUGAUACAAAGCCCAAUGCUUCAAGUGCUGCGCAGUCCAACGCUCCAACGAGUACGGCUCGACCAGCUCCAACUGAUGAAAAGCUGACGACUGCCACAGCAGAUGUCAAAGCCCCGGCCAUGGCAAUCAACAGCUCCAGCCAGGCCAUACGCAGGCCAAUCCUAAAAAUGGGUAACAAAAUUCCCAGCAAGGGCAAAGGCAAACGAAGGGGCGCUCAACGGCGACCCAGUGCAGCAGCUACUGAUGAGCAGGAUAUCGAAACUACGACAAAUUGGUGGCAGAUACUACCAUAUGCGGAAAUUAGAAAAUUUUUGAAUACCAUCUAUGAUAGCAUGACCGACGAGGCGGACGACGAGCGUGCCCAGCGGAUAUGAGAGGCGGGUGGCGAGGGGGUCUCCAUGUGUGUGUGGGCCAAAGCCAAUAUCAAAAGCUAGCUUAUUGAGCAUGGGCGGGGUCUCGGUCUUGUCCAGCAUUGAAUUGAAUUUCCGCUUGGAGGUUCUUUGUGUUGAUUACGACAAGCCAGCAUGUAAGUUUUUCGGACUUGG